GGGGCACGCGGAGGGAGCUCCGUCGUGAAGCUUAUUUCCCCGGCGGUGGGUGCAGUUGCUUUCUGGCUCUCAGCGCACGCACAGAGACUCCGCGGGCGCAGAUGUGGCCGAGACGUCAAAGCCCAACAACACAUUGGUUGCGGACGCUGCAACACUUCCAAGCCCGCUGUAUGAACUCUGCAAAUACUCCAGCAAACAAGAGCAGCAAUCUGGAACGUGACUGCGCCCACCGACAAUCUUGUUGUGGACUUGAAUUUCGUCUUUGGAGAGUGACACUCUCAACCCAAAUUUGAAACGGACUACAAUGUCUAUUGUACUGGGGUUACCUGCCCCGAGGGUCUUUUUGACGGGAUCUCCACGACCUUGGAGCGAACAUUUCCUCUUCUGGCGACAAUCCCCCAGACACGUCACACAACUUUGAGGAAUAGUACCUUCAACCGGAUUUGAACCGUUUUUUUUUUUUUAAGACUGAAACUGUGCAGUGAACACAAAGACAAAGCCAGGCUCCCGUACAAAAUGGCCGCACAAAGUCACCCAUCCAGUGGCAGCUCCGUGCCCGGUACAGGUAGCCGGACGCCCCCAUCAUCCAUCCCGAACGUCCUCGCAACUGGGCCAACCCGCUUCUGACACCAUUUGUCACAAAACUCCACUUUUCAGAACUCAUGCCAAAUGUUUAGAGUGCGCACCGAUCUUUCAGCACCAUGACGUGCACACAAAUAUGCAGAGUAGCAUCCAUUUUGAACUGAUUUUCAAUAUGGAGCAUGAACAUUUUGAAGGAAUUCAUCGCUCCUCCCCCUGUGUUGCUGCACACAUCAUGCGGUUGCGAGACAAUAUUUCAUUCGGCAGCAAUCGCUUUCAAACUGUGCUUUGUCAAGGCUGAAUACUGACAUUCAUGACAUGCGCUAAUGUCGCCCUCCACCUGUGGUGAAACCUAAAACAAAAGCUGACACAGGCUGCCGCAUACAGACUCGGUCCAGCGUCAUUGCGGUCCCGGCACAGAUGGCUCCUCUGACUCAAAACUGCUCCAACUGCAGCCAGGUGUCGGCUCCAGAACUCAGCACGGUCAAGGCUGUAGUUCUGGGCUCGGCGCUAGGCGUCUUCAUCGUGUUCGGAGCGGUCGGGAACAUCCUGGUCAUCCUCUCAGUAGUUUGCCACCGACACCUGCGGACAGUCACCCAUUAUUUCAUCGUUAAUCUAGCAGUGGCGGACCUGCUACUGAGCUCUACGGUACUACCCUUCUCUGCCAUAUUUGAGAUCCUGGACCGCUGGGUGUUUGGCCGGGUCUUUUGUAACGUGUGGGCAGCUUUAGACGUCCUCUGCUGCACGGCUUCAAUCAUGAGCCUGUGUGUGAUCUCUGUGGAUCGCUACGUCGGCGUCAGUUACCCGCUGCGUCAUCCGGCAAUAAUGACAAAGCGCAGGGCCCUGCUGGCUGUCACGUGCUUGUGGGCGCUGUCUGUCGUCAUAUCCAUCGGCCCGCUGUUCGGCUGGAAAGAGCCGGCACCGGACGACGAAUCCGUCUGCAAGAUCACCGAGGAGCCAGCCUACGCUAUCUUCUCGGCCGUGGGCUCCUUCUACCUGCCCCUGGCCAUCAUCCUGGCCAUGUACUGCAGGGUUUACGUGGUGGCUCGCAGAGAGAGCCGAGGCCUGAGGGAGGGUCACAAGACAGACAAGUCGGAUUCAGAGUUCGUGAUCCUCCGGAUCCAUCGAGGCAACACGACCGCGAGCGACGACGAGACCCUUCGCAGUCGCACGCACUUUGCCCUGCGAUUGCUCAAGUUCUCUCGGGAGAAGAAGGCGGCCAAGACGUUGGGCAUUGUCGUGGGCUGCUUCGUACUCUGCUGGCUGCCUUUCUUCCUGGUCCUCCCCAUCAGCUCCAUGUUCCCCGCUUAUAGACCGCCGGACACAGUCUUCAAGAUCACCUUCUGGCUGGGCUACUUCAACAGCUGCAUCAACCCCAUCAUCUACCCGUGCUCCAACCAGGAGUUCAAGAAGGCCUUCCAGAGUUUACUGGGAGCUCACUGUCUGAGGGCCACUUCGAAACCGCAUCAUCAUCAUCAUCAACAUCAACAUCUGGCUGUGGGCCAGAGUCAGAUGCACGUCCACAACCAGCCCCUGACUCUGAACCUUGCCGGCGGGGGGGCAUCCUGUGGCCUCAGCCCCUACUCUCCCGUUGAUCUGUCCAGGACUCCGUCUUCCCGGGAUAGCAGGGAGUGGAAGGUUUUCUCGGACGGUCCCGCCGGGGGAACCGGGCCAGCAGACAAAAGCAGAAAAGUGGCCCAACUUUGCAGUAAAAGCUUCCAGCGGACCUGCUGCUGCGUCCCCAUCGGUGGCAGCCCCGGGCAGGAGGCAAACUGCGCCCGUCCCCCUCUGGUCGGAAACCUUCCCACCAUUAAAAUCCAUCAAUUGUCCUUGUCGGAUAAAGGGGAGCCUGUAUAACCUCUGUAUUCUCACAUGAGAGCAUAUUUAUUGACUGGAGCCAGCAGUCUAGCGUUUUUAAAAUGGUUUCCUCCGAGGGCCAUAUACAGGAAACGCUACGGUUAAAAAUGCUAAAACCAGACCAUUGAGAAAUUAUUUAUGAUACUUCUUUAGAAAAACGACUACGUCACAGCAGUCUGCUGAAGGUGACAGGCAAAAAGUUUAGGAUUUUUCAGGAUUUUGGCCCUAUAUUGACUAGAGCCGCCCCAGCACUUAGCAGCAACUUAAUCUCAUCUCCACGUUCAGAAGCAAAACAAGAGUAAAAGUGUACUAAGCUGAAAUUUUUGAAAGCAGUUACUUGAGGAUCAUUGUGAUAGUCUUCUAAAUAGGACCUUGGCAUGGAGCAGAAAGCGGACGGAAACAUUUUUGCUUCUCACACUGAAUUUUCUUUAUUCACCUGGUCAUUAUGAUGACAAAUUUGUUUCUAUUUCAGUUGUAAAUAGUUUAUUUGCAUCUUUGCAUAGUUAGAAAAUAAUAAUGUUGUGGGCUGUGUCAAUUGUUAUUUUUAGUCGGUAUAUUCCACAAAUUUUUUUUUUAGCAGCCAUAAUUUGGACACUCCUGAUUUAACUCCUUAAAAUUUGACAGUCAUAAUGUAUAUGCCAUCCGUGGACGCGGAUGGUCUUGCAGGAAGAAGCCAAGACGUGAAGCAGACACAUUUUCUUUGGCUUGGUUUUGUGCAAACGUAUCGUUUACGUAUUAUACAAAUAUGCUACCGAAGAACAUUCAAAUGUAUUGUUUUGUUGCAUGAUAAAUAAAGCACGUCAGUGGUGCUUCAGCGAUCUCAAAAUCUUCCCCAAAGGAACCUUUCGUACGUCCAUGUCACGAGACAAUAAAUUUGUCAUUCACCAGCAAGGGUUUCAUGGUGACAUUUGUGGAC